AUGGGAAAUCUUGCUCCAGAACGGGCUGUGGGUAAAAUUACCGGAAAAGAAGCGCUAUACUUUUCAGGUCCUGCUCUUGUAUUGGAAAGAGAGGAAUCUAUGCUUCAGGCUAUAUCAGAAAAUCAUUUCAGUUUUAAGGAGAAAGUAGUAGUGAUCAGAGGACAAGGCCCUAAAGGGGAACCAGGCAUGCCUGAAAUGCUUGGACCAACCAGUGCAAUAAUGGGGCAGGAUGUUGCACUGGUCACUGAUGGAAGAUUUUCUGGAGGCUCACAUGGAUUUGUCAUCGGACACAUUGCCCCUGAAGCUCAGUUAGGUGGCCCAAUUGCUCUGGUGGAAAAUGGAGACAUCAUCACUAUAGACGCCUGCGAGAAUAGAAUGGAUGUUCAGCUAACAAACACCAAGUUGGAAGAGCGAAGAAAGAGAUGGACUCCCCCUCCAUAUAAGGCAGAUAGCGGAGUCCUUUCCAAGUACAUCAGACUUGUGCAGUCAGCUUACCUGGGAUGUAUAACUGAUUGGUAG